AGCGCUGCCCGUGUGCGCCUCCCGCCCGCUUCUUCGCGCACAGUUGUCAUGGAGGAGCCAAGAUGGCGGCCCUGGCCUACAGCUUGGGCAAACGGGAGAUCAAUCACUACUUCAGCGUGAGGAGCGCCAAAGCGCUGGCGCUGGGCGCUGUUCUCCUGCUCACUGCCUGCUACGCCGUCUCCCGUCGGUAUCAAGGUAAUGAUACUUGUGAAUAUCUUCUCUCUACUGGAAGAUUCCUUGGGGACAAAACAUGGCAACCUUAUAGCUGUAUGAUGCAUAGAUACAAACAGAGUGAAGCAAAAGCAUGCCUCAAAAACAAAUAUAUUGCAUUUAUAGGCGAUUCUAGGAUUCGUCAACUAUUCUACUCAUUUGUAAAACUAAUAAACCCUCAAAUUAAGGAGGAAGGAAACAAGCAUGAAAACAUUCCUUUUGAAGACAAAUCAUCUUCACUUAAAGUGGAUUUCCUGUGGUAUCCAGAAGUCAAUGGUUCUAUGAAGCAGUGUAUCAAGUCUUGGACUGAAGGUUCUUCAUCCAAACCUCAUAUACUUGUAGUAGGAGCAGCCACGUGGUCUAUGAAAAUUCAUAAUGGCAGCAAUGAAGCACUCACACAAUAUAGGAUCAACAUCACUUCAAUUGCACCCCUUCUGGAAAAACUGGCAAAGGGUAGUGAUGUCUAUUGGAUCUUACAAGAUCCAGUUUAUGAAGAUAUGUUGACUGAAAGCAGGAAAAUGAUCACUAAUGAGAAAAUAGAUGCUUACAAUGAAGCAGCGGUCAGUAUUCUGAACAGCAGCUCAAAAAAUUCAAAAGCUAAAGUAAAAGUUUUUAGUGCAUCUAGACUAAUAGCAGAAGAAACUAUAAUUCAGUCAUCAGACGGCUUACAUCUUCCUGAAUCAAGCAGAGAAACAAGUGCAAUGAUUCUAAUGAACAAUCACUGCAACAAGAUUGUGAAACCUAUUGAUGGCUCAUGCUGCCAACCUCAACCUCCUGUGACUUUGAUACAAAAGCUGGCUUUUUGCUUUUUGGCUUCAUCUGUAAUUGGAUAUUUGAUUCUUGUUCUCAUUCGUCGUAACAAUAACCAGAAGAACAAGCUGUGCACUGAUAUGGAGAGUGGAGAAGAGAAAAAACCUGCCACUAAUUCUCCAACAGUUUCUACUCUAGAGACAAUUUUCCAGUCCUUGUGUAAACUUGGCUUAAUUAUGGGCUAUUUCUACCUGUGUGAUAGAGCAAACCUAUUUAUGAAAGAGAACAAGUUUUAUACUCAUUCAUCUUUUUUUAUACCAAUCAUUUAUAUCUUGGUGUUAGGAGUAUUUUACACAGAGACUACUAAAGAGACUAAGGUGUUAAAUAGGGAGCAGACUGAUGAAUGGAAAGGAUGGAUGCAGCUUGUCAUUUUGAUCUAUCAUAUCUCUGGAGCAAGCACAUUCUUGCCAGUAUAUAUGCACAUCCGUGUUUUGGUUGCUGCAUAUCUAUUCCAAACAGGCUAUGGACAUUUCUCAUACUUUUGGAUUAAAGGAGAUUUUGGGAUUUAUAGAGUGUGUCAGGUUUUGUUUCGACUGAACUUCCUGGUUGUGGUACUGUGUAUUGUAAUGGAUCGGUCUUAUCAAUUCUAUUACUUCGUUCCUCUAGUCACUUUCUGGUUUUUAAUCAUAUAUAUUACAUUAGCUCUGUGGCCUCAAAUUAUCCUGAAGAAAGCCAAUGGUAGUUUCUUCUGGCAUUCUGGCGUGCUGUUAAAAUUAGGAUUCCUGUUUGUCUGCAUUUAUUUUUUAGCAUACUCUGAGGAUGUAUUUGAAAAGAUUUUUUCUAUAUGGCCAUUGUCCAUGUUUUUUGAACUAAAUGGGAGCGUCUAUGAAUGGUGGUUUAGAUGGCAAUUAGAUCGAUAUGUUGUUUUCCAUGGAAUGUUGUUUGCUUUCAUUUAUCUAACAUUUCAAAAACGACAGGUCCUCUCAGAAGGAAAGGGAGAACCACUCUUUCCUACCAAAGUUUCAAAUAUUUUCUUAUUUAUUUCAGUAGUGUUUUUUCUGACAUAUUCCAUCUGGGCAAGUAGCUGUAAUAAUAAAACUGAAUGCAAUGAAAUGCAUCCUUCUGUUUCAGUUAUGCAGAUUUUAGCUUUCAUUCUAAUUAGGAAUAUACCUGGCUAUGCUCGUUCAGUGUACAGUUCAUUUUUUGCAUGGUUUGGCAGAAUUUCUCUUGAGCUCUUCAUCUGUCAGUAUCACAUCUGGCUGGCAGCAGAUACAAAGGGAAUCUUGGUUCUUAUUCCAGGAACCCCGAUGCUCAAUAUUAUUGUCAGCACUUUUAUAUUUGUGUGUGUGGCUCAUGAAAUUUCCCAGAUCACAAACGAUCUUGCCCAGAUUGUUGUUCCAAAAGAUAAUGUAAUGCUGCUGAAAAGGUUAAUAUGGGCAUCUGUGUUUCUCUCUGGAUUUCUCUUUUUAUCAUCUUUUCAAAAAUAGUGAAGAUAUUAACUUCCACUAAAUCCUUCAGACAUUGCUUCAGCUUCAUUUUAUACCUCCUGAAUCAAAUGAAAAUCAGCUGGAAUUACAUUCUCCCUCAACUUUGUUUCUGUUCCUGGGGAGCACAAGAAAGAGAAACAUAGGAACUACACUAAACAUGUAUAUGUUGCCUAAGGAUAACAUCCUUUCAGGAAAAUAGGAAUGCAUUAUAUACAACUGUAUGGGAAGAAAAAUUGAUUUUUCUACUGAAGGAUUAUUCUGUUUACAAACUUUUCUAAAAUUAAUGUAACAAUCAAGCAAAAUGAGCUCAGCUAGGGGCAUUUAAGACUUUUUCUGGAAGCAUUUCUUAAAACAAUUAAUAAUUAUUUACAUCCAGUG